UCACGUUUAAAAAUAGACUUGUCAGACGACGAAUGACCAUAUGUACUAAGUAGACGAGGAGUUUGAAAUAAAAAAUUCAUCAAUCUGCUAGUAUGGAAACCAAAAGUAAAUAUAUCGACUUAGGAAUCAAAUUUGUGAAAUCCGCUGAAAGUUCUUCAACUUCAAGCGUAUUAUCUAAUUACGAUCCUGAAAAAUGCGAUGCAUUAGUGGAUGCUGUAUUCAAUCAGCCUGGUAUUCGUGGGCAACUAAUAAUAUAUGAUGCUGGAACUUCAGAUAAUCCUAUAGUUGUCCUUCAAAAUUCUUUGUCAGUAUUAGAAUUACAAACUACAGUUAGUGUGGAUCACAGGACACUUGAAUAUAACUUCUUUAUUGGAAAUGAAUUGAUUUGUUCCAGUGGAAAGAGAAAAUUUUGCAGCAAGAAUGAGGCGAAACAUGAACUGGCAAAAGAUGCUCUAGAGUUGCUUAAAAAAGAUUGUUUUGUACUUGUUAGAAAUCGUCAUCACACAGACAUCACGGAAGAUGAUUUGAUGAAAAAAUAUGAAAGUCCAUUGAUAUCAGAGUCUGACUUCAAUAAACCAGGAAGUGCAGCACAUAACAUUAUGCUCAAAAUGGGUUGGCAGGGAGGUGGUUUAGGUUCUAUGCAACAAGGAAGGGUUGACAAUAUUCAGGUGUAUGAGAAUGUUGAUAGACAGGGGCUAGGAAACAAAAACAUUAUGAAAGAAGUCACAAAAAUUCUGAGGGAAUUUUCAAAUUCGAAUAAAUUCACCAUACUAGCUUUCGAUUCAUCGUUCACCAAAUCUGAAAGGGAGGCUAUUCAUAAAACAGCUAGGAGAUUGAAUUUGAAAUCGAAAAGUGAGGGUAAGCAAGAUGAAAGGAGAAUAACUGUCAGUAGAAAAAUCAAUCGUUCUGAUAUUGUUCGAGAACUUUUGAAAGCUGGAGGCGAAAGCAGCAGUUAUAUCCUUAAAAUUCCAGAAAAUUUCAAAUAUUUCAAAUUGAAGUAACUUUACAUUUCGAGUGUAUUUUUAUGUACAGUAUUAUAGGUUGUGAAAAGUACUAACAAAUUAUGAGCAGCUUUUAAGUUGGAAUGUGAGAUUGUAGGUUUAGUUUCACUUGAUAUUAUGAUCAUUUAGUCAUGACUGCAGCUCAUGUUGAGUAAUUUAUGCUGAUGAAUAGCUAUACCAUACUAUAUUUUACUGCAAGGACAUCAAGCAUUUCCACACAA